AUGAUGAUUCCGGUGAUAAGUCUGGCAGGCGAAACUGCAAAACCAGGCACAAGUUCAUGGGUUGCGGCCUGCGAGAAAGUGAAAGCAGCCAUGGAAGAGUAUGGUUGUUUCGUGGCAAUUCAUGAUUUGUUUACUUCAGAAGACUCUGCUUCAGUUUUCAAAGCGCUGAAAGAUGUGUUCGGUCUUCCAGUGGAAGCCAAGAAGAAGAACGUUUUCGAUAAUCCGAUGUACGGAUACCGAACCGGGCCGCUCACCGAAAUGCUGGGGGUCUUUGAUGCAGCUCCUCAUGAUGUUGAAGAAAUCCAAAGCUUCACAAACUUAAUGUGGCCCUCUGGAAAUCCGAGUUUCUGUGAAAUUAUGUAUUAUUUUGCCAAGAAAUUCGCAGAACUAGAUCGAAUUGUGACAAGAAUGAUAUAUGAGAGCUACGGGGUGGAGAAGUGUUUUGAUCGUGAUUGUGGAAUUGCAUCAUUUACUCACUUAUUGAGAAUGAUCAAUUAUCGGGUGCCCCAAUCAAGUGACCAGUCUAAUGUUGGUAUUACCCCUCAUACGGACAAGUCACUACUAACAAUACUUCAUCAAAAUCAAGUGAAUGGACUUGAGGUCAAAACCAAGGAUGGGAAGUGGAUCAAUCUUGACUUACCACCUUCGUCCCUUCUGGUUAUGGCCGGCGAUUCUCUAUCUGGGUGGAGCAAUGGGAGAAUACAUGCCCCAGUACAUCAAGUGAAAAUGAGAGGAGAGGAAGAAAGGUUUACUCUCAGCACAUUUUCAUUUCACAAAGGAUUAAUACAAGUUCCGGAAGAGUUGGUUGAUGAUGAACAUCCACUUCUGUACAAGCCGUUUAGUCCUAUAAAGCUGCUUGAAUUUUUUGGCACUAAAGAGGGUCGCCAAGCUGAGGAUCUUCUCAAUGCUUAUUGUGGUGUUUAA